AUGGCGCCCUGGGUCCCACGACUGCAUCUCUUCGAGAUCGAUGACCAGCCAUGGUUUCCUCCCUGGUUCCGCGGCAAGGUCCAAGCCGCUCUCACUCAGACCUGGAACUCCAAGAUCCCCUACAUCCAGCCAGUCUCGCCGGCCCGUAUAGUCUCGCGCCUCCUGGAGGCCCACCUCGGCGACAGCCUCUCGGACCAUGUCUUCAUCGACUUCUGCGCCGGCGGCGGCGGGCCCACGCCGAGCAUCGAGAGGCACAUCAACCGGGACAUCAAGCAGCAGCAAGGCGCAUCAUCAGCGAGGCCAAAGGAGCCGGCCCAGUUCGUCCUGACCGACCUGCACCCCCACAUCGCCAACUGGACCGAGGCCGCCUCCCGCUCCCCAAACGUCCACUUCUCCCCGGACCCGGUAGACGCGUCCGACGCCCCGGCAGAUUUGCUAACCAACCACCUCAACACCACCAACCUUCCCGUCGAGAACAAGAAGCACUUCCGCCUCUUCAACCUCGCCUUCCACCACUUCGACGACGCCCUCGCCCGGCGGAUCCUGGCCAACACGCUGCGCGCGUCCGACGGCUUCGCCAUCUUCGAGCUGCAGGACCGCUCCCUGCGCGCCUUCCUCGCCUGCUGUAUGCUCGGCGUCGGCGUGCUGCUGUCGGCGCCCCUGUUCGCCUGGCGCUGGCGCAGCCCCGCCACGCUGUUCUGGUGCUGGGCCGUCCCCGUGCUGCCCUUCGUGCUGGUGUUUGACGGCUGGGUCUCGUCGCUGCGCACCCGCACCCCGGACGAGGUCGAGGCCCUGAUGCGCACGUGCGGCCUCGACGAGAAGGAGCUGGCCGCGUGGGAGCUGCGCAGCGGGAGGGAGUGCCACCUGCCGCCCGUGGCGGACCUGAACUGGAUCAUAUGUACCAAGAAGACCCGUGGAUGA